UACCCACUGAACCCCCACACACACUUCAAACAGCCAGUGAAAGUAAAACUAGAAUAAAAGCAGAGACAGAGGAGAAGAGACACAUGGUGCUGGUCUGGUAGAGCCAAAUGAUUUCUACUCUUCACUGAUUUCUCUUUUAACAACAUGGGUGUGCUGAUACCAUGGAGAGUCGUUCUGCUGGGAGAAGAAAGAGCUGGAAAAAGCAGCCUGGCAAACACCAUAUUUGGAGAGACUGUGUUCAAGAUAAACCAGUCUCCAGAGUCUGUAGCUGGCAAAUGUCAAGCAGGAACCAAAACUGUCAAUGGAAGAAGCAUCACUUUAAUUGACACUCAUUUGUUUGAUCGAAGAAGGUCUGAGGAGGAGAUGAGGUCUGAGAUAGUGAGGUGUAUCACAGAGUGCGCUCCUGGGCCUCAUGCUUUUCUCAUAGUAUUUAAAGUGAAGACCUUCACAGGGCAGGAAAUGGCUGUCAUUGAGAAAAUAUGCCAAUAUUUCUCUGAAGAGGCUUUAAAAUAUGCUGUAGUUGUCUUUACUCAUGGUGACCAGCUUCCUAAAGGAAUGAGGAUUGAGGAGUUUGUCAGUCAGAAAAAGAAUCUGAAUGAUCUUGUGAAGAAGUGUGGCGGGCGGUGCCACAUCGUUGAUAACAAAAACUGGAAGAAACAGAAGAAUAACUACAGGAGCAACAAGUUCCAGGUGGCAGAGCUCCUUAACACAAUUAAAAACAUGUCAGAAAAGGAAGACUGCUACACCAAUGACUUUCUGCAAGCAGUGGGGAGAGAAGAGCAAGAUGAAGAGGAGAGAAUUAAACAGUCAUCAGGGAACAUGUCACAGAAACAGAUCAGCAAUGGAGCCAACAAAAGAGUCCCCAAGGAGAACAUGUGGAUCAAAUUAACAGGCCCUGCAGCAGAAUCACUGGGAGAAGCUUUCUUCGGGCCCGCAGUAGUUUUGCAGGAAACCAUGGGAGCAGGAAGAGGAACAGAAAAAGGAGGUGCACAAAUAGAGAACGAGCACAUUAUAAAUAGAACAGUCAGAGGAGCACUGAUGCAAAUACCAACAGGACGAGGAGCUAAAGGAGCAGGUGCACAAGUCACUGAGAAAGGAGGAAUCACAGCAAGAGGUGAACCAGUAACAGUGCCGCCAACCAGGAUUGUCAUUGCAGGAACAGCUGGAGCUCGGAAAAUCAUUAAAGUCCUAAGAAAAUACAGGAUCAUCCUGCUGGGAAAAACUGCAGCUGGGAAAAGCAGCCUGGCCAACACUAUAUUUGGAGAGGAUGUGUUCAAGAUCAAUCAUACUUCUAUCAAUAGUCAGACAGAGUCCAAAUCUGUUCAUGGAAGAAGAAUUACUCUGGUUGACACUCCAGGUUUCUUUGACAAACCAGAGGAGGAGCUGAAAGCAGAGAUAGUGAAGUGUAUCACAGAGUGCGCUCCUGGGCCUCAUGCUUUUCUCAUUGUACUUAAACUGGAGAACUUCACAAAGCAGGAGCAGGCUGUCAUAGAGAAAAUAUGCCAAUAUUUCUCUGAGGAAGCUUUGAAAUAUGCUGAAGUUGUCUUCACUCAUGGUGACCAGCUCCCUGAAGGAAUGAAGAUUGAGGAGUUUGUGGAUCAGAAUAAAUGUCUCAGUGAUCUGGUGAAGAAGUGCAGCGGCCGAUGCCAUGUCGUUGAUAACAAAUACUGGAAAAGCAACCAACAGACUGAGUACAGGAGCAACCAGUUCCAGGUGGCAGAGAUGUUCAACACAAUAGACAAGAUGGUGAUGGAAAACAAAGGGGGCUGCUACACUAAUCAAAUGCUGCAAGCCGUGGCAAGAGAAAUAGAGGAAGAGGGCAACAGAACAUCAGUAAGAAAUAUGCCAGAGGGAACCACGUGCAAUACCCCAAACAAAAGUGUCUCUAAGAAUAUGUGGAUCAAAUUAUCAGGCCCUGCAGCAGAAUCAUUGGUGGGAAUUUUCUUUGGCUCAGCCGUCACAGUUUUGCAGGAAACUGGGGGACAAACAAAAGGAGCAGCAGGAGAAACAGCAGAGGGAGGAGAAAAUGGAGACAAAAGGGAAGAAGAGGAGGAGGAAGACGAAGAUGAUUUGACAGACGCAAAAGAAGAGGUAGAAGAAAACGUAGCAACAGAAACAGAAGAAGCAGAUGAAAAACCAGGGGGGGCCAUGGCAAGUACAGUAGGAGCAGGAGCUACACCAGCAGGAACAGGAGGGGCAGCAAGAAAAGUUGUAGCAGGAAUAUUAAAGGCAGGCGCCACAGUAGCAGUAGCAUGCAUGGCAGCAGCAGUGUGGGUAAUAAAAAAUAUAAUUUCAGCAACAGCAGCAGCAGCCGCAGCAGUAGUAGCAGCAGCCGCAGCAGUAGUAGCAGCAGUAGCAGCAGUAGUAGCAGCAGUAGCAGCAGUAGCAGCAGCAGGAGCAGCAGGAGGUGCAGGAGGUGCAGCAGGUGCAGCAGGUGCAGCAGGAGCAGCAGGAGCAGCAGGAGCAGCAGGAGGUGCAGCAGGAGCAGGAGCAGGAGCAGGAGCAGGAGCCACAGCAGCAGGAGGAGGGGCUGCAGGAAAAGUUGUAGCAGGAGUAUUAAAGGUAGGCGCCACAGUAGCAGUAGCAGGCAUGGCAGCAGCAGUGUGGAAAGUAAAAAAAAUAAUAGAUUUUCUGAUGGAUCAGUGGCAACACAGAGGAAUCAUAUUGCUGGUGAUUGUCUUCUACUCAUUGCUGUUGUUCACAUUUUGUGCCAAAGUACCAAUGGCUGGGACCUUACUGUUAUGGUUUGGGAUAAUAUUGUUGUUUUUGUUGUCAGUGGUAUUAUUCUUGGUGUUAUAAAAAAGGUGUGAAUCUAAGUUUCACCGUAGCUGUCCCUGUGACAAAAAAUGAACCAAAAAUGUUCCUAUUGUACUGAGAAACUUACCUAAUUUUGACCCCAUUCUGUUCAUUUUAUGGCAAGAUAUUUUUCAUGUUAUGACAUUUUCUUUUUAUUACUAAUACCAGUUAUUACCAGUUAUUCUGUUCUGUUUAUAAAAUUGGACAAGAGGCUCUCCUUAAUAUAUCAUUUAUUUUGUUAUAUCACAAAACUUUCUCCAACAUAUCAAAACCAACUUAUAUCAUUAAAUCAAGCUUUUGUGUUAUAUCAUGACGAACUGAUAUGUUGUUAAAACAAGAAAUGUCCAGAUGGUGUUAAAACAAUCAGGAUAGGGAUGUUGUAAACUAGAGACUGCAAUGACUGAUUUAAAUGUGGUUUAGUUUUAUUUUGAUGCUUUUAUUUGAUGCUUGGAAAUGGCUGAUCCAUCUGUUUUUGGGUUUUUUUUGUUUUUUCUUGAUUCACUUGACAAUUGAAAGGUGACUGAACCACAGAGAAACUCUAAAUGGGGAAAACUUCUGUGAUAUUUGUUGGUUUUCUUGCAUUUCUUUACAAAGUUUGCUGCAUUUAUGUUGGCUAUUGUACUGGUGCAUCGAGCGUGAGCUCUAUGUCCAGUCUGUUAUUUUGUCAGAUCCAUAUUCCAUUCAAUAAUCUGUUAAAAUGAAAGGUAUCCUUUCAUCUAACUACAUUUUUACACAGGAUUCACAGUAACAGUACUAUUACAUGAGUGAAAUAUUCUGCUGCUCCUUUUAUUGAAGAGAAAUUUUGAUCGAUGUAAACACAUGCAUAGUGUGGACAGAUGUCAAUACAGAGAAAUAAGAACAAUGAAGGAGAGGCAGGAAUAAUACAUCAUAACAAAGGCUUAUUGAAAUUGUUCCAUGAAUUGUGUAGAGAAUUGAAUUGUGUCAGAUGGAUUAACCCAAGAACCUCUGCAAUGGCGCACCAGUUAAGCCAUGAAGACCAGAGGAGAGCUGCUAAGCAAUUUCUUAUCCUUUCCAAAGACAAAGACAAAUGUAAACUAUAAACAGUAAACAAAUGUAUUCUAAUAAAUCUAAUCAAAGGCAUCUUUUUACUAUUGAACAAAGAAACAGCAGUAAUCAGGAACUUACUCAAAUAAUGAAACCGAUGUACAGUCAGCUCCAGGAAAUUUCACAUACAGAUCAGCAUGCUGCAGCAAACAAAUGGAGUGAGCAGGCCUUGAUUCAGGCCUCUUAUUAGUUUAGGUGUGGCACGAUAGGUUGAGGGUCUAAGUCCCGCCUUCCUGGGACUGAACAGGAAGUGGGGUUUUCAACAGACUGAAAUAAUCUUUAAUUGGUGGAUACAGACUCUGUGAAAGAGGAUGAUUUUCCAGUUUAUUCUCUUAAGAUUUGGUCAUGUGAUUGUUUCUGAAUCAAAUGUAAACAUGUAAUCAAAACAAUAAAACGAUGAAUUAUACUA